AAGAGUUAUACCGUGGCAAUACUGCAAAGAGUUUUGGUCAUCGAUGGCAAAUCUAAGAAUUAAGGAUUUAUGAGACAUCAAUAAGAGACUGAUAGUUUCACCUGAUAGACAAAUAUAUCUACAAAUAUUUCAAUGUACUUUUAGGAAAAUGGAAAACUCAACACAAUUCACGUCAUUUAUGCUAGCUGGAUAUAGUGACAGUGGACACUUAAAGUACUUCUAUUUGAUUAUAUUAACUGUGUUAUACAUCUCCAUAGUCUUUGCGAACAUUGUGCUUAUCAUGGUUAUAUGUAUGGAGAGGAGCCUUCAUGAACCCAUGUAUCUGUUUCUGUGCAGUUUGUUUGUGAAUGAGUUGUAUGGUAGCACUGCUUUGUUUCCUGCUCUUAUGAUUCAUUUGGUUUCAGAUGCGCAUUCAGUUUCCACUGUGUACUGUUACCUACAGAUGUUUAGUAUAUACACAUAUGGAUCUAUUGAAUUCAGCAAUUUAGCAGUCAUGUCCUAUGACAGGUACCUUGCUAUAUGUUAUCCACUACAGUAUAAUGUUGUCAUGACACCCAACAGGGUGUGUAUUUUAGUUUGUGUAAUAUGGUUGUACUCUUUUGUAAAAUUCAUCAUAACACUGUCUUUAACUAUUCGUUUGAAAUUGUGUGGGAACGUUAUAGACAAAGUGUACUGUGACAACUACCUGCUGGUGAAACUUGCUUGUUCAACUUCAGACACAACAGUUAAUAACAUCUAUGGACUCUACGGUGUUGUUUUGUCUGUCGCCAUCCCUUUAAUUACUAUUUUGUUUUCUUAUAUUAAGAUUCUGACAAUUUGUUUGAAAUCUUCCAUUGAGACCAGACAGAAAGCUUUCAGCACCUGUACUCCUCACCUGGCCUCGCUGCUCAACUUCUCUUUCGGCUGUUUCUUAAAUCUGCUCCAGAGUAGAUUUGAUAGGCCUAUGAGAAAUGUUCCAACUGUACUUCACACUAUUUUAUCAGUGUACUUUCUGAUGUGCCAGCCACUUUUUAAUCCUGUUGUGUAUGGCGUUAGGAUGACUAAAAUCAGACAGGCUUGUAAAUACAUACUACCUGUAGGUCUGUACCCUAAAACAUAAGCUGAACAGUAGUGUGACCUUUUCUGUCCUGAUUGUUAGAUUUUUGUGAGGUUGACUUGUGUGUUUUGUUACUUAUAGUUACCAUAAUGAAUGGGGGUGAGGAUGGUGAAAAUCAGACAUGUAAAACAUUUGCUAAUUUGUGAAAUAUUGUCAUUUACCUUUCAUUCACUUUAUAAAUAAAUGGAAUCGGACUCGUCUGCCUGUCAGGCCUACUGUCCCCCUAUGAACCUCCAUUAAGUUAAAGCCACGCCAAACAGCUCCAUGCCACCAGGACCUGGAUACCCACAACAGAGGACAGUUUCUUUUGCUCCCAAGCACCAUGCCUUUGGGACUCCCUUCCUGACAAUCGCAAGGCUGCUCAGACUGUUGGGGCCUUCAAAAUAGGCCUUAUGACUCAUCUCUAUGAGCCUUCCCUUCCUUCUAGAUUUUGAUGGUUGCUUUCAAGGUUUGGUUCUAUAUAUAUAUUUUGUUUGCUUCUUUUGUUUAUCUUUUAUUUGAUUCACUUUGAGAUUAUUCUUGUGUAAUGAAAAGCACCUACAAAAUGUAAUACAUGAAUAUUAUUACAUAACCAAAAAAAACAGAAGUUCAUUACUUUGAAUUCUUACUUAUGUUGACAGCUGUAUCUAAGUAUGUAACAGUGGAUAAACUGAUGUACAGUAAAUGUGGAAAAGGUAAACCCACCUUAUGUGGGUUUAUCUGGCACCAUUACAUCCAUCCUAACAGAAAAUAGGCCCUGUACAGUACAUACAAGCUUGGGGAUUGUUUGACAUUUUGAGAGAGAAAUUAAGGGAAAUACUGUAGCAUGAAAACCAACUGUAUUCUGCCUGAGAUCUGGAUGCAUGUCAUGUUUUCUGAGGGCCAACUGUUCAAUGUAACAUGAUAUAUGUGUGCCAGCUAUCUGACAGAUGACUAGCUUUGGUAUUCUUCAUACCAGAAAGGCAACUACCUGGGACACAAGAGUAACAUGUUGCCUAAUUUGGAUAGCUUAUUCUGUCCUCACAAAAUCCAGAUAAUUCAUUCAUAAUGAUAAAUAUACUGUAUAUACUGUAUUUUGUUUUAUUUAUAAAUUGGAAUACCAGAUUUACAUUUAUGUAAUUUAGCAGACGCUUGUGUCCAUAGCAACUUACAGUUAGUACAUUCACCUUAAGAUGGCUAGGUGGGACAACCACAUACCCAUCUUGUUUUUCCAGGGUUACUGUAAAAUAUGUUUGACCCACAGAAUAAAAGAAAACAGCAAGGGUAAUGAUGAUGGAUUGCAUGUAUGAAACACAUUUGUCAUGUACUCUAUCCAUCUUGUAAAAAGCUGUCAAAAGUUUUGGA